UUCCCCCUUUAUGUUCGAUUUAGUUUACAGUUUCCUGUAAUUCAAGUGUCAAUUUUUAUGUAUCGAUUGUCAACAAACAACAAAAUUGUGUGAAAUUGGCUAAAAUAACAUUGAUGAUUAACAUUUUGCAUGUUCUUUGUGCCUAAAGCGUGAUAUGAACAACCCCAAACGCCACCUCAUGUCAAAAAACGCCCCCCGAGGGGGCAAAGCGAAAGACGCCCCCUCGUCCUCCCGUCACGACUCCAUCCCUCCUGACACCGAAAACUUCAUAAACACCGUCCCUUUGAUCCGUCAAUGCGACAACACGAAGCUUUUGCCCCGUUUUUCAUCCAUUUUGGGGCGCACCGAAGACGAUGGAGUGAACAUGGACGACCUUGAUCAACUUCAACUCGACCUUGAGAAGUUAAUUUCGACGUGUGCUGUGCGUAACCGGUUUUUAAGGGGCGAAAUCGAAUCGAUUGAUCGAGUUGAGGAAAAAAGAGACAAAAAGGGCAAAUCGUAUGAUAAAGGGGGGCUCAAACGGAAACGGCCCGAUGAUAAGGCCAAGUAUCGUGAUUUGAAAGGGGGCGCACGCCCCCUGAAACGUCAUUAUCCACUUCCGGUGGAUGUGCCCUUGAGGCAUGAAAUGCCCAAAAUUAAUUUACCCAAGAAUGAUACUUCGGAUAAGUUUUGGGCGACUGUGGAGCCCUAUUGCGCCCCCGUUACGAAUUCACACGCUACGUUCCUCGAUAAAUUAAUCGAGGAAUGUUCGCAAGAAAUUGAUGUAAAAAUACCCGAUUUGGGCGAAUAUUACGCCAAUGAGUGGUCAGAUAAUGCAACCGGAGUGGAACAAGAAUUGGGGCUAACCUCUAAAACAGUUGGCCUUGAUUUGAAAAAGAACGGUUUGAGUGCAAUGGUUGAUUCAUUUUCAAACCCGAAAACUCAACGCCUAUUGGCCGCCUUGAUUGAGGAGAAAGUGAUGACGUCAUUUCCGGGUGUUACUGGGAAACUCAAACCGUCCGAUUUGAAUAUAAUCAAGUCAGCUGGUGGUCCACGUGCUGCCAUAUGUAUGGAUCGCCGCCUUAAGAAAGAUUUAGUCGAACAAGGAUUAUUAAGUGUUGAGGAUUUAUCUAAAACAAUGCCCGACGAUGAGAUUUUACAAGAAAUAAAAAAAUGUCAACAAGAAUUGACAGCUGUCAAUGAGUAUAAUGUUGAGGAAUUGAAACGUUUGAAAGCUAUAGUUGUCAAAGAUUUGAAACGGCAAGAAAUCAAAGCAGCUCUGGAUGUAGUAGAUGGCGAAGUUUUGGAAGUUUAUAAUAAGGUGUUAAUGACCAAACAGAAGCAAAUCCAGCAGGCCAAGGAUGAAGAUUUCGAUAAAGCCGCCUUUACAAAAAGUUUGAAAGAAUUUGAAGUGAAGACACAUGUCUUGUUGGAAACGCAGUUUAAGUUUCAGAAAGCUUUGGCGGAAUUGCAGGAAUAAAAAAAACACCAGUUUUAAGUCUUACAUUAUUAUUAUUAUUAUUUUUGACACAUUAAUUUACAAAUUAGUCUGGUA